CUGCGAGUCACAUCUCGACUCCAUGUAGGUCAAGGGCCGGCCGACAGCGGGCGGCAGAAGAUACGAACUUCGGAAUCGCUGGGUCACCCCCCGAAGGGCAUCGAAGGGCCAUGACACGCCGAUUCCGCGGUGCCGGCUGCGCUGGGUGGUUGUUGUUAGUUCUCCCACUGCUGCUGAUAUCGCAGGAGUGGUGCUUUACGAGCCCGCGGCGACAAAUGAGCCAGCUCCAUGUGGGUGAAAAGGUGUCAGGUGUGGUGUCGCAUGUGGCGGGCGGCUUGGCGCUGGUCGAUGUGGGCGUCGAGAAGGAGGGGGUCUUGCCCUUCUCGAAGCUGGCGCCAGGGAGUGGCGAGGUGUCGCUGGGGGACCUCGUGGAGGUUUGGGUGAGCAAAGUGGAGAACGAGGAGAACCUGCGGCGCAGCAGCUUGGUGCUGACGGCGGACGCCACGAAGAUCUUCAACCCCUUUGACCGAGCCACCUGGAAGGAGCUGCAGGACUUGGAACCGGGCAGUUGGUUGAGAGGCUUCGUGGUGGCCCAGAAAGCCUUUGGUCUCCUGGUGUCGGUGCAAGCGCCCUCCAGCGAGCGUGGCGCACGGGCUGUGGGCUUGGUGCACGAGACAGAGGUGGAUGGAGAGCAUGCCAUCGGCUCGGAGGUGAAAGUGCGGAUUUUGAACAUCGACUUGGAAGAGCAGAGAUUAGUCUUGUCCAUGAGACAGGAGAGAUUCUCUUCACUGGCCCGUGCCCUGCUGCCUUUCCAGAGGGCGCCCGACGACGAGGACGCGACGGUGCGCGGCCGCGUGGUGGGGCGCGGGAAGUUCGGCGUCUUCAUGGAGGUGGCGCCGGCGGAUGGCACGCGGCCGGUGGUGGGGCUAUUGCCGAAGGCCUCGCUCCCACGCCCCGAGCGCCUGGAGCAGCUGACGAAGGGCCAAGAGUUGGAAGGCGUCGUGGUACGGACCUCGGCCAACCUGACGGUGGUCGAUGUGGGCUUGCAACAGUUCGGGACCCUCCUGCCCAAGCACAUGACAGAACGACCUGUCCAUGUGGGCGAUCGGGUACGCGUGUGGGUGCGCGAAGUUCGCACGGCGCGGGCGCGGAGCCUCUACCUGGUCAUGGAUCCCAAUAAGGUGUUUAGCUUGAAAUCCUUGGGCCCCACUGCCAAGCUCAAGGACUUCACUGAGCAACGUUGGCACCGCGCAGUGGUGCUACGACUGAGCCCCUUCGGCGCUUUCGUGGCGGUCGAAGCUGACGGCCAAUUGGGCUGGGCGGAGGGCAUGGUGAAGAGCAGUCAGAUGGUUGGCAGAUUGGAACUGGGCCAAGAGCUGAAAGUCCGCAUUCUGGACGUGGACCUGCAGAAGCAGAGGAUGACGCUCUCCAUGCGCUCUGAAGCGACCGCGAGCCCCUGGGCGCGCCUGGCCUUGCUUUCUCGGCUGCCCGAGAAGUUCUUCGACGCUCGGGUCAUUGCCGUGGAGGAGAAGGGUUGUGAGGUGGAAGUGCGGCAUCCUCAGAUCGGCACGGUCAUGGGUUGGCUACCAGAGAGCGAGAUCAAAGGGCCCAAGGCCUUGGAGCUGGCUCAGGAGAUCGAGGUGGCGAUCGUGGAGCUCGUGCCCGAGAAGUUGCAGUUGAAAGUCUCGAUGCCUUUGAUGCCCCGGGGCAUCUCCGAGAAGGACUUCACUGCGCUGCUGGCGGACGAGCUGGGAGACGAAGCGCUGGAGUUGCUGCGCGAAGGCGAUGAGUUGGACCUCCAUGCCAGGGUGUCCCCACGCGGGCUGGAGCUGUCAUUGGCCUGAAGGGAUUCGACGUUUCGCAUGAUGAAUUGAUUCAUUUCACUCUUCGAUCGCCAGUGGAUCCAAAAGGUCAUGCCCUUCAGAUCUUGAUAGCUUUAGUCUAUAUAAUACAAUGCACAUAUAAUUACAUUGCAGG